CCGUCCCUCUCACGCCUCCUCGUCUCCCCCACGGUGGCCCGAGCCGGAGUUCCCCUCUCUGCCUCGCCCCGCGCCCGCCACACUCCCCAACCCCUACCAACCAGGAAGCGAGAAAAGAGAGAGGCGAGCGGCGGCCGGAGCAGCAGCGGGAGGAGGAGGCUAGCUUUCCCGGCGGGCAAUGGCGCGGCGCGGGCGUGUGGAGCUGCGGCGGAUCGAGGACCGGACGAGCCGCCAGGUGCGCUUCUCCAAGCGCCGCUCGGGGCUCUUCAAGAAGGCCUUCGAGCUCUCGCUCCUCUGCGACGCCGAGGUCGCGCUGCUCGUCUUCUCCCCCGCCGGAAAGCUCUACGAGUACUCCUCCUCCAGCAUAGAAGCUACAUAUGAUCGCUAUCAGAGAUUUGCGGGACCCGGAAUGAACGUGAAUGGAGGCGAUGCAAGUACCAAUAAUGACGGUGAUCCUUCAAACAUACAGUCAAGGCUUGAAGAGAUCGCUUCCUGGUCUCUUCAAAAUAAUGCUGAUGACUCCGAUGCCACUAAGCUGGAGAAACCGGAGAAACUCCUGACAGAUGCUUUGAGGAAUACAAAAUCCAAGAAGAUGUUGGCGCAACAAAAUAGCGGGGCAAGCACGAGUGCAAGCGGCAAGAACUCCGAAGGCCCUAGGGGACAGGAGGGAGGAAGGACUUGAGCGUCAUGUGCUGUGCCUGCAUUCUGUACAAGGGAUGCUCUGCUCCAGAUGCAACACUCUUCCCCAGUUGUUGGGUAUGAAAGAGUUGUCAGGGCUGCAGCUUGUAUGACUCAAGGCAGAAGGGUGCAAAAUCAAUAAAAGGUUGCCUUGUGCCUCGUUCGGACUCUGUGAUAUAUUUAUGCGAACCUAUCAAUCUGUUGUCAACAAGCCCUGUUAUCUGGAACGGAAUGAUCUCUGUCUCAAAAAAAGCAACUGAAAUGGGAAAUCAGUUUAUGCGGAUGCACUUUAUAUAACAGGAAUGCAGAUGUUUCCUGUGAA